UUAACGGUUCCUCACGAAAUCCCCCCAAUUCAACCUUCUGUGCCAUUGAUUUUCUUUACUUUCUUGUUCAUUCUUUCUCCUAUCAUGAACACGCCUCAAGUACAUGUGCCUAGCUCCGACAACCCCGAGUCGACCAAUGCGCCCCCGAAUGAGAAUGUGCAAUCAACAACCGAGGUAGAGAUGGGAGGCACGCAAGACGAGAAUCAGAGUCAAGCAAACCAAGACAGUACAUUGCCUGAUGCGCAGCCAGAGCCUGAACCCCUGACAUCGACCAAGAAGAACUCUGGCUUCAAGUUUCUCGACUUUUUGGCUUCCCCCAUUGUGGAAAUAUUGGUUGGCCAGGGCGAACAUGAGACCACCUUGACCGCACACCAAACCCUCUUACUGGAGUCGCCAUUCCUCUCCGAGUUUGUCGACAAAUUCGAGGGAUCUGGUCCUCGGCGGAUCAGCCUCCCCGACGAGCAUGUCGAAGCCUUCGGCUGCUACCUCCAGUUUCAAUACACGCGCGAUUACUCCGUGAACCAAACCGAGAAUCCCUCCGGGUCACUUGAGCCAGAGGCAGCAGACGACAGUGGGGAUCAAUUACUUCGUCAUGCGCGCAUCUACACGUUAGCAGAGAAGCUGGGAUUGCCGGCCCUCAAGAGCUUGGCCCAUACCAAAAUCCACCGUGUCAACGGCACGCCUCGCGGAGAGCUGGCGUACGCACGCUACGUCUAUACCCACACCCCAGCGGACGAUAUUACAAUUCGGAAGCCUGUGGCUUCCUACUGGGCGUCUCGGAGCCAUGUCUUGAGGCACGAGGUCGAUGGAGACUUCAAGAAGCUUUGCCUGGAGGUGCCCGAAUUCGCUUUUGACGUCCUAACCCUUGUUCUGGACCGGAAAGAGAAGAGCAGCCAGUCCGAAGUGGAUUCGAGCGCCAAGGGUAGCGCAAGGAAGCGGCUUCGAAGUGGUGUUUGA